UUCAACUUGUUUUUUAUUUAUUAUUAUUAUUUUUUAUCAUAUCUGAUGUUAGGAAUACAUCUCUGCACGACAGCACGGACAUCCAUCCUCCAUGUAGCUGGACAAAAUGCUGAUUCCUUGGUGAGGGUCAGAAAAUGAACGCCUCCUCCUGCUGUGAUUCAGGAGUCAUCAUGUAUCAGCAGGGCUCAGGAUUUGACCUCAAUGCCAGCUGUGACUGGCUGAAGCCUCACUGUAACUGGACGUCAGUAGACAGGGCGCCGCAGCUGCCCACCUUUUCUACAGCAGCCAAAGUCAGAGUGAUCGUUACCUUCAUCUUGUGUGGCAUUUCCACUUUCUGCAAUCUCGCUGUGCUGUGGGCAGUCAACGGCCACAAGCGCAAAUCCCAUGUCCGAGUGUUGAUAAUUAACCUGACUGCUGCUGAUCUCUUGGUUACCUUCAUCGUGAUGCCUGUGGACGCGGUGUGGAACAUCACGGUUCAGUGGCUGGCCGGCGACUUGGCCUGCAGGUUCUUGAUGUUUCUCAAGCUGCAGGCCAUGUACUCCUGUGCCUUUGUAACAGUGGUGAUUAGUCUGGACAGACAGUCGGCUAUCCUCAACCCAUUGGGCAUCAGCAUGGCGCGAAAAAGGAACAGGGUCAUGCUGAUGGUGGCGUGGGCUAUGAGCAUCCUGUUCUCAAUCCCUCAGAUGUUCAUUUUCCAUAAUGUGACCAUCACUUAUCCAGCAAACUUUACUCAGUGCACCACUAGGGGGAGCUUUGAUACUCACUGGCAGGAAACAGCCUACAACAUGUUCACGUUCUCCUGCCUCUUCCUGCUGCCGCUGGUCAUAAUGAUUAUCUGCUACACCAGGAUCCUCAUCCAGAUCUCCAAACGGAUGACAAAAAAGAACUUGCACUCGAAUGAGCUAGAUCUCCGCUGCUCAACGAACAACAUCCCCAAAGCUAGAAUGAGGACUCUGAAAAUGAGCAUCGUCAUAGUGAUAAGCUUCACAGUCUGCUGGACUCCGUACUACCUGUUGGGUUUGUGGUACUGGUUCUUCCCAGACGACCUGGAGGGAAAAGUCUCCCACUCGCUCACCCACAUCCUGUUCAUCUUUGGCCUUUUUAACGCCUGCCUAGACCCCAUCAUCUACGGCCUGUUCACCAUUCGCUUCCGCAAGGGGCUGAGGAGCUGCUACCGCAAAGCCACAGUGAUGUCAGACUUGGAAACUAACACGACAAUAACAAAAAGUACUGCUGCUGCUUUGCCCUCUAAAAGACAGAAGGUUAAUGGUGAAAAAGACAGAAACUGUGGACAGGCUGAGACAAAGACCUCUGAUGGAAGGUCUCUGACUGUGUUCACUCAAGGAGAAGGAGGACAACCUUGCCAUUCCAGUGCCGAGAGCACAAUAUGCCAAGAGAAACAGUAGACCCAUGACACUGUAAAUGGAUCUGAACCAUUUCACCUUUUUUUUAAGGUUAUACUGGACAUGUUUAUUUCACAGUCACAUUGAAUGUGCAUGUGUAGAAUAAGUCUGAAAACAUCAAAUAUCCAUCACCUAAAUGUGUUUUUGUGUCUACAUGUGCUUGAGGCUGUCCAUCUUACUUAAAGGCUUAUAUAAGAUCUUUAUGAACAAAGCAAACAUGUUUGUGUAAGUGGCUCCUAUUUUAAGAAGAGUCCGCCACAUGCAAUCUGCAUUCACCGAGAUCUGAAAAAAAAAGCUUCAGGUCUAGAUGAAGACUUUGAUUGUCAGGUUACAUAACAGUGCUGUCCGUGUGGUGCAUGUGGUUACAAGCUGUGUCUAUUAGGAAGCUUGAAAUGACUGUUGAUGUUAUUUAGCUUGAAAGCUUUCGUUUGCAGCUCCUCCAAACAAGACUAGACGUUUUAGAGAUGCAUUAUCAGUCCAUUUUCAUAGUAAAUAAACACACUGGCGGGAAAAGCUCAGUUUUACUGAUAUAUUAAUGAGAGCUCCAUUCUGUGUGACAGCAUGCAUGAAAUCAGGACCCUGAAAAUGAAGCACCUCCUUUUUUGUGCUUUUAUACUAUGACAUAUAAAUGUCUUGUGUGAAAGGGCUUUAGAAGUUAUGCAUGUUACUGCCCAUGUGGUUUAUGUUUAUUUA